GGGCUGCACGGAGGAGUUGUGAAGUUCUGAUAACAGAGGUCACCAAAUUCCUGAGGUCGUGGUUCUGAGUGGGGGAGGGUUAUAGGCUCCUCCCUUUGCAAAGAUUAUAAAUGGAGACUCAGCUAGCGAUGCUUGUGUGCUGAGUGAUGGUCCUCGUGAUUGCUAAAGGCUGCUGGGAACCCUGCGAGAACUUGCUGCUGAGGACAUUUUGUGUGCUAGGAACGUUGUCUCCGUAAUCUUACUGGAGAAUUCAAUUAGGAUCAUGGGAACAGCAAAGGUAACCCCGUCUCUGAUCUUUGCCAUAACUGUUGCCACAAUUGGCUCUUUCCAGUUCGGCUACAACACUGGAGUCAUCAAUGCUCCCGAGGCGAUCAUAAAGGACUUUCUCAACUACACAAUGGAAGAGAGGUUAGAAGACCGUCCCAGUGAUGGGCUGGUCACAGGCCUCUGGGCCUUGUGUGUGGCCAUCUUUUCUGUUGGUGGCAUGAUUGGAUCCUUUUCUGUUGGACUCUUUGUGAAUCGCUUUGGCAGGCGCAAUUCAAUGCUCAUGGUCAACCUGCUGGCCCUUGCUGGGGGCUGCCUUAUGGGGUUUGCCAAAAGAGCAGCAGCAGUUGAGAUGCUGAUUCUGGGCCGCCUGAUCACUGGCAUCUUCUGUGGACUCUGCACAGGUUUUGUGCCCAUGUACAUUGGAGAGGUAUCUCCUACUGCCUUGCGGGGUGCCUUUGGCACACUAAACCAGCUGGGUAUCGUCGUUGGAAUUCUGGUGGCUCAGAUUUUUGGACUAGAAUUCAUUUUGGGGUCUGAAGAGCUGUGGCCUGGGCUCUUGGCCUUCACCAUCAUUCCAGCGCUUUUACAGAGCGCAGUCCUUCCAUUUUGUCCUGAAAGUCCUCGAUUCUUGCUGAUUAACAGAAAGGAGGAGGAGCGGGCCAGGGAGAUCCUCCAGCGGUUGUGGGGCACUCAGGAUGUGGCCCAAGAUAUCCAAGAAAUGAAAGACGAGAGUGUCAGGAUGGCACAGGAGAAGCAAGUGACCCUGCUCGAGCUCUUCCGUUCCUCCAACUACCACCAGCCCCUCCUCAUUGCCAUCGUGCUUCAGCUCUCCCAGCAGCUCUCUGGGAUCAAUGCAGUGUUCUAUUACUCAACAGGAAUCUUCAAAGACGCAGGUGUUGGUGAGCCAAUUUAUGCCACCAUUGGAGCUGGCGUGGUCAAUACCGUCUUCACGAUAGUUUCUGUGUUUCUGGUAGAAAGGGCAGGAAGGAGAACUCUGCACAUGACGGGCCUUGGAGGCAUGGCUGUUUGUUCUGUCCUCAUGACCGUCUCUAUGUUGUUGAAGGAUGAUUAUGAAGCCAUGAGCUUUGUCUGUAUUGUGUCUGUUUUGACCUAUGUGGCCUUCUUUGAGAUUGGACCAGGCCCCAUUCCCUGGUUUAUUGUGGCUGAGCUCUUCAGCCAGGGCCCCCGCCCAGCAGCCAUGGCAGUGGCUGGCUGUUCUAAUUGGACCUCCAAUUUUUUGGUUGGACUGCUCUUCCCCUCAGCUGCAGCCCUUUUAGGACCCUACGUAUUUAUUGUCUUCGCCUCUUUCCUCAUUAUCUUCUUGGUCUUCACCUUCUUCAAAGUCCCUGAGACCCGGGGCAGGACCUUUGAGGAUAUUGCCCGGGCCUUUGAGGGGCAGGCUCAGUCUGGAAAAGGUAUAGAGAUGAGCAUGCAGCCCACCAAGGAGCACUCUGCCAAUGCUUGAGGCCGACCUCCACCUCCCUCUCAACACAGAGAGCAACCUCCCCCCACAAUGGGAGACUUCAUCAGUGCGAUGCUGCUGCUUGGUCUUUUCUCACCCCACGCACUCCAAGACCCUCAGAUGGACCCACUGCUGGGGUUAGGUGGAUCACCAAUGACUGCUUAAAUAUUUCAUUGUUUGGACAGACAUUCUCUUCUCAUUUGGAGAGAUCCACUGAACCUACCUUCAUUUCAGGAGGGAUUGGCGGCAUAGUGUAUGACCACUCUGCCAGCUCUUCUUCCUUUAAUUUUUGAGUCCCUCACCAGGACAGGAGGGUGCAGUCCAAUCUUAGCUUGCCAGGAAGCAAACAGAUAUCUAUAUGGUUUGGAGGCUCACAGGGAAUUCAACAAAAACAUCUUCCUCACUUCCGUACAGCUAGCUCUGCACAGCAAAGUAACUUGACUAUUAUUUAUUUAUCUUCAGGUUUUAUUACAUAAAUAUUUAUUUUUUUAAGUGUAAUUUUACAAAAUAAUGAAAGCAUAAGGAAAUUGAGGUUGGAGGGAGGUGUUUAAGAGGUGUUAUAGGAUACAGAACGUUCGAUACUGGAAAGGUUAUAGCGCAACUAAAAGGGAGAAUUAACUGAAUUGAGAAAUAGCAUCUGUUACUGGUAGACUUGGGAGCUGCUGCCUGGCGCCUGGCGUUUGCAUGUGGCCUCUUCCCAGUUUGCUGUGUUCCAGAUACAAACUCUUCACUGGCAUUUCUCAGAAGAGUUGUGUGCCUAUAUAAAAAUGCUCCUGGUUUCAUAUGGAACUUUUAAAGAUAGUUUUCACAUAGUGUUGCUAAAAUCUUGCCAUUAAAGCAGGCCUCGUAGUUAGUGGUGUUGAUAGAUGUUCACGUGGCUGGAGUCCAGAGAAGGGAGGCUCUUUGCAGGAAGCAUCCCACUUUCCCUGGACCCAUCAGCUCCUUCCCUUAUAGUGGACUCACUUUUCUAAAAUAAGUAAUCUCACUACCCAUCUGGUGGAAGAACCAUUCCAAUUACAAACCUAAAAACAAUGGUUCUUGGUAGAGGGUUGUUAUUUUUCCAUUUUGUUCUUUAAAAGAUUUUCUGUUGAUUUUUGUUUUAAUUUGUUGCUUGAAAGGAAUGUAGAUGAGAAUGUUCAAAGCUAACUUGGAAUUUGCAAUCUCCACUCUGGGAGGAAUUUUUUCCUGAAAAAUUAUUCAGUUGAAGUAUAUUGUUGCCCUAGGGUAAUGGCAUGCCUUCUGUGUCUGUCAAGCUCCUCUUGUUGGCAUGUUACUGUGAUGUUUGCCGAAUGCUCUGAGGGGCCUUGACACUGGUGGACACACAGGGGACAGUGUAAGUGGCCCAUGCCGAAUGACAGGAGUGGUGUGCACUGUCGCUCAGCUCGGGUGACUUUCUUCUUUGUACCUGUACCUCUUUCUGGAUGGAGUAUGCUGACUCAUCCCUGCGCACAUAAGCAACACUGCCUCCCUCCCCUGGCUGGAGUUUGUUCCCAGCAUCUAGAUCCAACUCACGUGGCUGCAUUUCCCUGUUGGCAAAAGGAUAGUUCUUCGUGCCAAUGAAGUACGAAGGACUGAGGUCAGAACAAGUGGCUCCUGGGGAUCUGCUUGCAAGGAGAGGGGGGCUUUGAACUAUCUUUUUUAAGGGAGUGAGGAACAACUUUCAAGUGUGUUAGAAUAAUGGGAAUGGUUACUGCUACCACAGGGCAUAUACACCUUCCAUGACCACUCCCUCACUCCCCAGUUCUUCUUAAGUGAAGAUGACCCGUCUCCAUAGGUUGCCAGGUCCAGCUGUCCCUCCUUGGUGCUUACACAUUUCAUACCCUGUAGUCAGACCCUUGCACAUAACAGUAUUUCAGUCCUUGGUGAUCCUUGUUGGUCAUUGAGCUUUUGGCAUCAACUCACAUGGCUGUGCAGAGGGCUCUGUUGGAAAGGUGGCUUUGCUCUCACUAUAGCUCUCUGCUCCAGGGGGAGUUGGUAAUGUGAGCUGGAGGAUUUUUCCAAUUCUCAGUGACCAGGUUGUGAAUAUUUCCCAGUGGACAUUCUAUUAAAGUUACUGAAGUUCUUGUUUUGAAAUAAAAAUUCUUAAAGGA